AAAACAUGGAUGCCUUCAAUUGGAACUGAAGCAGCCGACAAACUUGGGAGAAAAUACGUCAUGGAUAGUUUUUGAAGUAUUAUUUAGAAAAAAUGUCCUCUGCUGCUGUGCUGGUUGUUGAGUUGCAGCAAAAGUUAUAAGCAAUGGCACAAGUUGUGCGUGGUAAAUUUGGGUGCGUGGUGGUCGUGCUGGGACACGGCCGAUAUGCGGCGUGCCCCGCCUGGGUGGGCUCCCGGCAGAGACGAGCCCCGCUGCCCGCCGCCCGCCCGCUGGCCCACUGGUCGGGCGCCCGGCCUCGCCUGCUGCUGCAGGACCUCCGCCCCCUCACGCCCCUGGGGGCAGCGCCCCGGCGCGGGGUGGCCAUGCUGGUGGCGCGCCUGCUCCGCGGAGUGCUCAAGAUACGCUACCUGGUGCUGGGCGGCGCGCUGGGAGGGGGCGUCACCCUCCAGAGGACGUACGAGAGGUGGAAGGAGGCGAUGCCAGACGUGUCGUGGCUGGAGGAGUUCUUCCCCGACGUGGAGCGGCUGGACUCCCUCCGCAGCUCCCUCAUGGCCGCCAAGGAGCGCAUCAAGGACAGCAUGCAGCUGGACCCCAGGUUGAAGGCUCUCGGGGCGGACAAGUACCAGAGCUUCCGGGACUGGUUCGACCGGCGGCUGGACGAUGCCAUUCAGGCGGCGGAGACUAACGAGCUCGACUCCACCGUCACCAACGGUCUGCAGAGCUUGUCCACAAUGCUAGACAACCUCUACACAGAGCAGCCAAUGGGCGUGCGCUUGAACGCGGUGGCCUACGCGAGGCCGGUAGGGGCGGAAAAGCCGGGCGAAGACGGGAAAGGAGCUGGCAGGGACCGGGAGCAGCAGGCUCGCCUGGAACAGGUGCAGGAGGACGCCAUGCGGGUGCAGUUGCAGUACCAGCGAGAGCUGGAGCGGCUGGAGCGGGAGAACAAGGACCUGCGCAAGCAGCUGCUGCUGCGAGACGCCCGGCGCCCCGCCAAGGCUGCCAAGAAGUCGCUGAUCGACAUGUACUCGGAGGUGCUGGACGAGCUGAGCGGCUACGACCGCGCCUACAGCGUGCAGGACCAGCUGCCGCGCGUGGUGGUGGUGGGCGACCAGAGCUCGGGCAAGACCUCCGUGCUGGAGAUGAUCGCCCGCGCCAGGAUCUUCCCCAGGGGCGCGGGGGAGAUGAUGACGCGCGCACCGGUCAAGGUGACGCUCAGCGAGGGGCCCUACCACGUGGCCCAGUUCCGCGACAGCUCGCGGGAGUUCGACCUGGCCAAGGAGGCGGACCUGGCCGAGCUCCGCCGGGAGGUGGAGCUGCGGAUGAAGAACAGCGUGCGUAGUGGCAAGACUGUCAGCAGCGACGUCAUCUCCAUGUCGGUGAAGGGCCCCGGUCUGCAGAGGAUGGUUCUGGUGGACCUCCCGGGCAUCAUCAGCACGGUGACGGUGGACAUGGCGGAGGACACGCGGGAAGCCAUCCGCCAGAUGACCCAGCAGCACAUGUCCAACCCCAACGCCAUCAUCCUGUGCAUCCAGGACGGCUCCGUGGACGCGGAGCGCAGCAACGUCACGGACCUGGUCGCGCAGAUGGACCCGCACGGCCGGCGCACCAUCUUCGUGCUCACCAAGGUGGACCUGGCCGAGGAGAGCCUGGCCAAUCCCGACAGGAUAAAGAAGAUCCUGUCGGGCAAGCUGUUCCCCAUGAAGGCACUGGGCUACUUCGCGGUUGUGACGGGCCGCGGCCGGAAGGAAGACUCCAUCCAGACCAUCCAGGAGUACGAGGAGAAGUUCUUCCGCAGCUCCAAGCUGUUCAAGGACGGCAUGAUCAUGUCGGGACAAGUGACAACCCGCAACCUGAGCCUGGCGGUGUCCGAGUGCUUCUGGAAGAUGGUGCGGGAGACGGUGGAGCAGCAGGCGGACGCCUUCAAGGCCACGCGCUUCAACCUGGAGACGGAGUGGAAGAACACCUUCCCCAGGCUGCGCGAGCUGGACCGCGACGAGCUGUUCGAGAAGGCGCGGGGCGAGAUCCUGGACGAGGUGAUCAACAUGAGCCAGGUGUCCCCGCGCGACUGGGAGGAGCUGCUCAUGAGCAAGCUGUGGGACAAGGUGUCGGCGUACGUGUUCGAGCACAUCUACCUGCCCGCCGCGCACACGGGCAGCGCCGGCACCUUCAACACCACGGUGGACAUCCGGCUGCGGCAGUGGGCGGAGCAGCAGCUGCCCCAGCGCUCGGUGGAGUGCGGCUGGGAGGCACUGAGGCAGCGCUUCCUGUCCUUCCUGGAGAGCGCGCGGCAGUCCCGCGACCACGACCCCAUCUUCGACGCCCUGAAGGCGGCGGUGGUCGACGAGGCCAUGCGCCGCCACGCCUGGGAGGACAAGGCUCCGGAGAUGCUGCGAGUGAUCCAGCUGAACACGCUGGAGGACCGCUCCAUCGCCGAGAAGCAGCACUGGGACGCCGCGGUCAAGUUCCUGGAGACCAGCGUCAAGGACAAGCUGCAGCAGACGGAGGCCGUGCUGCGCGAGAUGAUGGGGCCCGGGCUGCAGGAGCGCUGGCUGCGCUGGAGCUACCGCACCCCGGAGCAGCACAAGCGCUGCGCCGUCCGUGCCGAGAUCGACAAGCUGCUGGUUUACAACACGAAGCACACCUCGUCGCUGUCGCACGAUGAGCUGACCACGAUGCGCAAGAACCUGCAGCGCGCGGAGGUGGAUGUGGACAACGAGUUCAUUCGGGAGACGUGGCACCUGCUGUAUCGACGCCACUUCCUGCAGCAGAGCUUGCUGCGCGCCUACGACUGCCGCAAGGCCUACUACAUGUACCACCAGGGCCACGAGACGGAGAUCGAGUGCGCGGACGUGGUGCUGUUCUGGCGGAUACAGCAGAUGCUCAAGGUCACCUCCAACGCUCUCCGUCAGCAGAUCAUGAACAGAGAAGCGCGGAGGCUGGAGAAGGAGAUCAAGGAGGUGCUGGACGACUACAGCCAGGACGCGGAGCGCAAGGAGCAGCUGCUGACCGGCCGCCGCGUCACGCUGGCCGAGGAGCUCAAGCGCGUGCGCCAGAUACAGGAGAAGCUGGAGGAGUUCAUCCAGGCGCUGAACAAGGAGAAGUGACACGCACGGCCCCAGUCACGCCGUGCCACGCACGCUCGCCGUGUCACAUUACACACUGUGAUCAACUGUGGCAUUGAUUGUAAACACAGCAUGUGUUUGUGUUGGAAUAAUUUUUUUUUUAAUUUUGUCGCUGCUUGUGAUUGUUUCAUUCGACAACAGAUUAUUACUGGUUCAAGUCAUGUGAAAUAGUUUUGACUUUUUUAUGUAGAAAACAAACAUGUAAAUAAAUUGAUUUUGAUGUUUGAAAA